AUUUUCCUUAACCUUCUUCUGCCCCCUCCGCCCUCCCCCCUCGCUGGCUUUCUCCCUUCUUCAACGACGACGACACGAAGAAAAGGUCGUUUACAAUACCAACUAGUGGAUCCGCGCUUUUCUUUUCCCUUGAUUCCUUUGUCAUCGUAUGAAUAAUGUAUUCUCUCUUUUGCUCUAUUUCUCUCCCAGUUCAUUAAUUUCACACUUCUCUGCAUUUUCUCGAGAAAGUGUUUAAAUUUUUUUCUGAUCGUUUCCUGAGAAAUACAAGGGUAAAGUCAUUUCUCGUUCCAUAACUCGAGUUAGGGUCUCUGGCGAAGCACUGUGGUUUCUGGGGCUUUAGGGUUUGAGUGGUUUUGAUUAUAGUUGUUAGGGCUUGAAUUCGAAGAUUGGUUGUGUUUAGAUUGAUAUAAAUUAGGCUUCGUGAAUUGGAUUGGUUGUUGUUGGUGGUGGUGGGGGGCGGGGGUGGUGUUGGUGGUGGUUAGGGUUUAUGAUGGUCGAUUGAUUGAUGAUGGUGAAGCUACUGGGAUUGACUAGGGGAGAAUCUUAUGAGUCACCGCGAGAGAUUACACGGACCAACCCUACAAGUGAGUCUGGGGAGAGCGGAUGGCUCAUCCGGUUUUUUGACUCUGCCUUCUUCUGUGAGUGGAUUGCCGUUAGCUACUUGUACAAACAUGAUCACCCUGGUGUGCGAGACUACCUCUGUAAUCGAAUGUAUACGCUUCCUCUCUCAGGCAUUGAGAGCUAUUUGUUUCAGAUGUGCUACAUGUUGGUGCAUAAGCCAAGCCCAUCGUUGGAUAAGUUUGUUAUUGAUAUGUGCUCAAAAUCAAUUAAAAUAGCAUUAAAAGUGCAUUGGUUCUUGAUGGCUGAACUUGAGGAUUCAGAUGAUAAUGAUGGGAUCAGUAGAAUUCAAGAGAAGUGUCAGAUUGCUGCAACAUUGAUGGGUGAGUGGCCCCCACUGGUGCAACCCCAGAAUGCAGUAACAAGUCCUGGGAGUAAGAAUUUAGUUCUCAACCGGAUACUAUCAUCAAAACAGCGUUUACUGUCAUUGACAUCGUCACCACCAGUGCAGCAGUCAUUAUCAUUCUCACCUUCAUCUGGUAAUAGCGGGUCACAGGAAGAGGGAAAUAAACUGUCUCCUGAUGAGAACAAGAUUUUUAAGAAGUUUAUUCCAGGUCCUAAGGUUCGGGAUGCAUUGUUGUUUAGGAAAUCAGCGGAAAAGGAUGAGGAGGAAUCGGAGAAGGAUGGGUUUUUCCGAAGGUUUUUGAGAGAUAGUAGAGAUGAGGACGAGGAGUUGUCAUCAAGCUCAGAGGGAUUUUUUAAACGGUUAUUUCGUGACAGCAAGAAUGACCUGGAGGAGAAAGUAGUUUCAAAAUCAGUAGAUGAUGAUGAGAAGGAAGGGUUUUUUAAGAAAUUUUUUAAGGAGAAGUUUGAGGAUAGGAGGGAAGGGAGUGAUAGAAAUGAGGAUGAAAAUAAGGUAAAUAUUGAUGAAAGAGGGUCAAAAUCUUCUGAAGAUGAUGUGAAGGAGGGUUUUUUUCGAAAAUUUUUUAAGGAGAAAUUUGAGGACAAGAAAGAUGAGAACGAUAAGAUGGAAGAGGAAGACAAAGGGACUUCUAAUGCCAUGGAAGAUGAGCCUUCAGAUUUCUCAUUGUUGCGUAGAUUGUUUCGUGUGCACCCAGAAGAUUCAAAGACUGCUGUGGCAAAUGAAAACUGCAACAGUGGUGGUCCUUUUGAAAGCAGUCCAGGGACAGAGAACUUUUUCCGCAAACUGUUUAGAGAUCGUGAUCGUUCUGUGGAAGACUCUGAAUUGUUUGGUUCAAAGAAGCACACAGAGAAGCGUCCUGGCUCACCAAAGCAACGGAAUGAAAAACUGAAUGCUAAGCCUCCACUUCCAAACAAUGCUGCAUCCCAGUUUCGUAAAGGGACAUAUCAUGAGUCAUUGGACUUCGUGCUAUCAUUAUGUGAAACGUCAUAUGGCUUGGUGGAUAUAUUUCCUAUUGAAGAUCGCAAAAGUGCGCUUCGUGAGUCACUUGCAGAGAUCAAUUUGCAUGUAGCUGAUGCUCAGGCCAGUGGAGGAGUGUGCUUUCCAAUGGGAAAGGGGAUGUACCGUGUUAUCCACAUACCUGAAGAUGAAGCAGUUCUUUUGAAUUCUAGGGAAAAGGCUCCUUACCUUAUAUGCAUUGAAGUUUUAAAAGGAGAAAUGCCUAGCAGUGUUAUGGAUGCAUCAAGUGCUCAAAAACUCUCUAAAGGAGGAAUUCCUCUAGCAAAUGGAGAUGCGACGUUGCCGAAGCCACCUCCAUGGGCAUAUCCUUUGUGGACUCCUCAGGAGGUGUCUCGCAAUGGUAGUGAUAGGAUGUUGAGGUCUACUUCUCAGGCAAUUGAUCAGGUGAUGGCUCAUAUGUGGGAUGCAAAAGCAAAGUUUGUUAACGUGAGCUUUUCUUUGGAGAAGCAAUUGAUUUGCCAGUCAAAGAAUAUUGAAGCACCUCAUUACAGUAGUAGGCAGCUUGCUUCAGUUCCCAUGGAGAUUUCAUCAAAUAGUUGUCAAGCUGGAGAAUAUGUUAAUGAUUUGGAAUGGGUGAGUGUUGUGCUGACUGCUGAUCCUGGGGUUCGUAUGGAAGACAUAGAGGAUCAAGAGCCACCACGUCGGAAGGAGCACCGCCGUGUUCCAAGUACCAUAGCCAUAGAGGAAGUGAAGGCUGCUGCCGCAAAAGGAGAAGCUCCUCCUGGACUCCCAUUGAAAGGGGCUGGUCAAGAUUCAUCAGAUUCACAUCCAAAAGUUACGGAUGGUGGUAUUCCCAAGCCGAGUGAUGCAUUAUCCGGUGAGCUUUGGAAGUUAAAGAAAGAGAGGAUUCGAAAAGCUUCAGGUUAUGGAAAAUUACCUGGUUGGGACUUGCGUUCUAUUAUUGUGAAGAGCGGUGAUGAUUGCAGGCAGGAGCAUCUUGCUGUUCAACUUAUUUCACACUUCUAUGAUAUAUUCCAAGAAGCUGGCCUUCCUCUUUGGUUGCGACCUUAUGAGGUCUUAGUUACUUCCUCUUACACAGCUCUAAUAGAAACAAUUCCAGACACGGCUUCACUCCAUUCCAUCAAAAGUAGAUUUCCUGGCAUUACAAGUUUGCGUGACUUUUUUGUUGCCAAAUAUCAAGAAAAUUCUCCAAGUUUUAAGCUUGCUCAGAGGAACUUUGUGGAAAGCAUGGCUGGAUAUUCCCUUGUCUGCUACCUUCUGCAGGUGAAGGAUCGGCACAAUGGGAAUCUUUUAAUGGAUGAAGAAGGUCAUAUUAUCCAUAUAGAUUUUGGUUUCAUGCUCUCAAAUUCACCUGGUGGUGUAAAUUUUGAGAGUGCACCAUUCAAAUUAACUCGUGAACUUCUCGAGGUGAUGGAUUCUGAUGCCGAAGGAGUUCCAAGCGAGUUCUUGGACUAUUUCAAAGUUCUAUGCAUUCAAGGUUUCCUAACAUGCCGUAAACAUGCGGAGCGCAUUGUCCUCCUUGUUGAAAUGUUGCAGGAUUCAGGUUUCCCAUGCUUUAAAGGCGGUCCCCGAACCAUACAGAAUUUAAGAAAACGAUUUCAUCUGAGUUUGACAGAAGAGCAGCAAUGUGUGUCCUUGGUGCUUUCCCUCAUUAGCAGCAGCUUAGAUGCAUGGCGAACACGGCAGUAUGAUUACUAUCAGAGGGUUUUGAAUGGGAUAUUGUAGCUUUGGAUUUGAUUGUUCAUUACAUGCUUGAUCCCUUUUAUGGAGCCAAUCUCAUGAAGUGUUUUGAUUGGAAUUAACAUUUGUAGAUCACUGUUGAUAAUGAAAAGUUAGUUUGAUCUGGGGUGGCUUCAGAGAUUUUAGUGGGAUUGAGAGCAUUAUUGUUUUGAGGUAUCUUCUUUUCCCAGUUUGAGGAAUUUGUAAUUGCAUCGGCAGAAAUAUUCAUUUGAGGCUUAGAAGGUUAAAUUUCCUUCGGCAGAGGGUUUUUUGGGUUUCCUUUUGUUUCUUUAUCAAAUCUCAUGUAAUAUGGAGUGAUACUGGCUGGUGAGAGAUGCUUCAAUUCAACAUUGAAGAUGUGAGGUCUUUGUUCCGACCUUGGAACAGCACACUGUACAGUAAUUUGGAGGGAGGUAGACUGGACAAAGUGGCUGUCGGAGGAGUAUGUUUGUCAUAUGAUGUGUUUGCAAUGUGCUUCAAGCAGGCUAGUGAUAUGGAGCUGUCAAAUGUGCGCUCUUGAUCCUCCAGCUUCACUGCCAGAAUUGAUUUGGAACCAUGAACCCGAAAGUGUUUGCACAUUCCCAAUAUCUAAAAGCUGGCUUGCUAUUUCUCGCCGAUCUGAUGAGCCCUUUGACGGUUGUCUGCCUGCCUCGAGUAGGUUCUUGAAAUUAGCGUAUAUGAUUUUAUUGUGUAUAAUGUUUUCAUUAUUCUUGGGUGACACUGAAAUGUUGUUCAUUUAACACAAUAUAUAGGAAUGCAGAAGUUGGUGGCAUUGAUUGGCAUUACUAGUUUUGUGUAUCUUGUUCAUGAAAUUGAAGUAAAAAAAGCGGUCGAGCUUGAAUUUUUCAUCUUUGUA